AUGAAGUGGGCAAAGCGGACGUGGGUGGAGUGCAUCGGAUCCAACGCGUUGCGGGCCUGUCUUCUUGCCAUGCGGAUGAAGUGGGAGGAAGAGAUGCGGGAGGCGGCGAGGCUUCUUCCCGUUCAAAAGUGUGACUGGUGCCCAGAGAUGGAGGGCAUACCCGCUCCACACUAUCGCAUGAUCCUUCAAUGCCGAUUGAAUUGCCAAAAACACAUCAUGGAUAAAUUCAGUAACGGCUGUUACAGCCCCUCCCAACUACCGCAUUGGAGUAAGAGCAUAUCCUUGGAAUUGCGACAAUAUGGCCUCCACUAUCAGCACCUCUGGUACCGGGCAAGACUGCCUGCGUUAACCCAUGGCAAAGACGGAGCAGGACCAGCUCGAGAUGUCACUUUGGCGAUGCCUGCCAUAGAACGUGCUGGCAUAAGAAAAAUCAAUCACUAUUAUCGUUACGAUGACGACGACAGCCAGAAUGAUGCAUGGCAACAGUUGGUCAAAUCGAGUAAAGAGCUGGAAGAUGCAUUUGCAGUCGCCCUUUCCGAUCUUAAAGUGCUCGAUUAG